AUGUUCUCUCGCGCUGCGCUCGUCCUCGCCGGCCUCGCCGCGCGCACUCUCGCCGCCACCUACGGCCAGGCCGACAGUUUCGAGGGCGCCGGUUUCUACGACGGUUUCACGUUCAUGGCAAUCUCCGACCCCACGGAAGGUCGUGUGCGCACGCUGAUCCCGACGUACCCAUACAGGAACUACGUCGACCGGGCGACGGCGGUGUCCCAGAACCUGACGUACGGCAGCGGCGACACCUUCAUCCUGCGCGCGGACAGCACGACGACGCUCGCCGCGAGCGACCCGGGGCGCAACUCCGUCCGCCUGCAGAGCAACAAGCUCUACAACACCCACGUCACCAUGUGCGCAUCCGUCGGGGCUGCGGUCUCCCCGCCGAGAGCCACGCUGACCCGCCGCUCGGCCCUUACAGCUGGAACAUCCGGCACAUGCCGACGGGAUGCGGGUGAGCGCGCAUCAUCUCGCGACGCGCUUGUGUGGCUCAUCCGGAUGUCUUGCCCUCGUAGCACGUGGCCCGCGUUGUGGGAGUUUGGGCCCGACUGGCCUAACGACGGCGAAGUAGACAUUCUCGAGGGCGUGAACGACCACGGCCCGAACCAGGCAACCCUCCACACCAGCGCCAACUGCGCCAUGCCCGCGACGCGCGACAUGACUGGGACGUCGACGGGGAACAACUGCGACGUGAACGAGACGGGCAACUCCGGCUGCGGCGUCCAGUCUGACUCCUCCUCGAGCUACGGGCCGGCGUUCAACGCCAUCGGCGGGGGCUUCUACGCGAUGGAGCGCACGAACUCGUUCAUCAAGGUCUGGUUCUGGCCGCGCAACUCGGGCAGCAUCCCCUCCGACGUCCUCUCGGGCGCGACGUCGGUGACCACGGACAGUUGGGGCACGCCGUUCGCAUACUUCCCGAGCCAGUCGUGCGACCUUUCGACGCACUUCAGCGGGAACAAUAUUAUUAUCAACCUCACAUUGUGCGGCGUCUGGGCCGGCGUCGUCUUCAACGCGGACGGGUGCCCCGGGGACUGCGUCACGUACGUGAACCAGAACCCGGGCGCGUUCGCGAAUGCGUACUUCGACGUCGCGUGGUUGAAAGUCUACCAAUAG